AUGUGGAGUAAUGCUGGUUGUACAUUGGAUGCGUCAGAAGUUAUUAUGCAACUCGCUAUGCUACAUAUGGAGAAUACAUAUAAAUUUUCUAAUAUUCGAAUUCGUGGUCGUAUUUGUAAAACACAUUUGCCAUCAAAUACUGCUUUUCGUGGUUUUGGUGGACCACAAGCUAUGUUAGCAUGUGAGACAAUUGUAGAACAUGUUGCUGCAUGUCUAAAAUGUGAUCCAUUCACUAUUCAACUAUGGAAUAUUCCACGAAUUUUGGAUGAACUUACUAAAUCAAGUGAUUUUAUUCAAAGACAAUUCAAUGUUGAAGAAUUUAAUCGAAAAAAUAUAUAUCGAAAACGUGGUAUAAGUAUGAUGCCAGUUAAGUUUGACAUUGGUUUUACAGUUCAAUUUCUAAAUCAAGCAGGAGCUCUUGUACAUGUUUACAGAGAUGGCUCAGUAGUAGUUAGUCAUGGCGGUGUCGAGAUGGGUCAAGGUCUCCAUACAAAGAUGAUAGCAAUAGCUGCUGAAAUAUUAGGUUGUAAUAUUGAUAGAAUACGAAUUAGUGAAACAGCAACAGAUAAAAUUCAUAAUUUAAGUCCAACUGCUGCAUCAACUGCAUCGGAUCUUAACGGAAUGGCUGUAAGAUAUGCUUGUGAACAAAUUCGUCAACGAUUAGAUACACUUAUUGUUGAUAAUAAUGUUCACAUCUCAUGGGAAGAUCUUAUAAAACAAGCUUAUUUUGCUCGUCUUGAUUUAUGUGCACGUGGAUUCUAUAUAACACCGAACAUGUUCAGUGCUGAUUUUACAAAAAAUCAAGCUAAUUACAAUUAUUUUACACAAGGUGCAGCAGUGACAGAAGUUGAAUUAGAUGUAUUAACAGGAGAUUGGCAUCUUUUACGCGUUGAUAUACUCAUGGAUGUUGGUACAUCACUCAAUCCUUAUAUUGAUAUUGGUCAAAUCGAAGGUGGUUUUAUGCAAAGAAUCGGUUUGUAUACCAUGGAAGAACUCAUAUGGGGCGAUGAAAAACUAAAUAAAUGGAUUCCACCAGGAGAAUUAUUCACUUGUGGCGUAGAUACUUAUAAAAUUCCAUCAUUUAGUGAUGUUCCUAUCGAUUUUCGUGUUUCACUAUUAUCUGAUUCGUUAAAUCCGCGAGCUAUCUAUUCGUCAAAAGGAAUUGGUGAACCACCAGUUUUACUUGCUGCUUCGGCUUUUUUUUGCUUUAAAAUAAGCAUGUAA